UGCAUAGUAAAACAUUUAGAAUUUCAACCCGUGAGCACAUGUCCAGAAUGCUCGGCUUCACUGUCACAAAAAGAAAUCCGUGAUUUAACUGAUUCCUGGGAAAAAGCUUCGUUCAGAAUCGAUAUUGAAAAUAUUUCUCAAAUUACAAGUUCAAGCAACGGCGAACCAAAUGAAGUUAAUGCAAAUGUAGGAGCUGCAACAGGAGAUUUCUAUGUUGUUUUAUUAAAUGGAGAAAAACUUACGUUUCAACUUGAGAGUAUUAAAACAGUUCUUAGUUUGAGGGAAGCAAUAAAAAGCAAAACGAAUGUUGAAGUUUCAAAACAAAAGUUGAUUCAUAACGGCAAAGAAUUAAAUGUUUGUAUUAUUAAUAUUGAUUUUUUUACAUCACGUAUUGUAAAUGACAAAUUCAUAAAACUUUUUGAUUCUAGACUUUUAAUACAGGAAGAGCACAUAGCUGAUAACACAUGGGCAGUUUAUGAGGUUGGAAAGUUGUCGAACGGAAAUGCCAAGGAUUAUAGUCCGAUUAUACGCACUAUCGGAACUUUAGAUCAAUUCUUAUCUAUUUAA